UGGUGCCAGCGGGCUAGGCUGCGCCGCCCCUCGCUCGCAUCCUCUCGGCGGUGCGAACGCGACCAUUUUGCGGGGGGGAUCCGCGAGCGGCGGCGACUGAGGCGGCGGCGAGCGGUGACCGGGGCGGGGGGGGACGCGCGGCCCACGCAGAGGAGCGGGAGGCUCCUCCGGCGCGGAGCAGCGCGGCGCGGGCCGGCGGCUGCGGCGACCGAGGGGGAAGAGGCGGCUCCGGAGGCGCGGCCUGAGGCGCUGGGCCCAGGGCUCCCGCUCGCUCCCGGGGGGAGGGGACGGGGCCGACACCGCGCCGACAGCAGGCGGCCGUUUUUUCCUCCUUCCCCUCCUGCUUCGGGCGACGUCCUCCGGGCCGGGCCCCCAACCGCCGGGCGAAAAUGUCCAGGCCUGUCAGGAACAGGAAGGUGGUCGAUUACUCACAGUUUCAGGAAUCGGAUGAUGCUGAUGAAGAUUACGGAAGAGAUUCAGGUCCCCCAUCCAAGAAAAUCCGUUCAUCUCCCCGGGAGGCUAAAAAUAAGAGGCGAUCUGGGAAGAAUUCUCAGGAGGACAGUGAGGAUUCAGAAGAAAAAGAUGUGAAGACGAAGAAAGAUGAUUCACACUCGCCAGAUGAAGAUUUUGGCAGUGAAGAUGAUGACUUAGGAGCAGAUGAUGGCAAAGCUGACAGUGACUAUGAGAGCUCUCAAAAAAGCAAAAAAGGAAAAAAAGCUAAACCAGAAAAGAAUAAGAGAGCCUCCAAAUCCAGGAAAAGGCCAGCAGAGGACAGUGAGGAUGAGAAAGAAGACCACAAAAAUGUGCGUCAGCAGCGACAGGCAGCAUCCAAAGCAGCUUCCAAACAACGAGAGAUGCUUAUGGAUGAUGUGGGUAGUGAGGAGGAAGAACAGGAGGAUGAUGAGGCACAGUUCCAGGAAAAAGAUUCAGGAAGUGAUGAAGAUUUCCUCAUGGAAGAUGAUGAUGAUAGUGACUAUGGCAGUUCAAAAAAGAAAAAUAAAAAGGUGUCCAAGAAGUCCAAACCAGAAAGGAAAGAAAAGAAAAUGCCUAAGCCCAGGCUAAAGGCUACAGUGACGCCCAGUCCAGUGAAAGGCAAAGGCAAGGCAGGCCGCCCUACAGCUUCCAAGGCAACAAAAGAAAAGACCCCAUCCCCCAAAGAAGAGGAUGAAGAGCCUGAAAGUCCCCCAGAAAAGAAAAAAUCAGCCAGCCCUCCACCAGAGAAGUCGGGGGACGAGGGGUCUGAAGAUGAAGCACCCUCUGGUGAAGAUUAAAUGGCAGUUGAGGAAAUCUUUGUUUAAAAAAAAAAAAGAAAAAAAGGAAAAGAAAACAUACUUAGGGGUAGAACACGGUUUUGGCUGUGGCUUGACUCAUGGGCUUUGAAUGCUGUCUUUACUUUCAGCUGUUUAAUACAGUGUAUCCUUUUUUUAAUAAGAGGAAACCCUUAUACAGUAAUAUUUUGAAGUCACUGUUCUCUGUUGGCCAUUCCGUUCUCCCUCCCCCACCAAAUCUGAAAGCCAUUUAAGACAAAUUAACAGACCAUUUAAAUAUAUAUUUUUUUCAAGGGAUACUGCAGUUGUGAAGCAAUAAGGUUUGAGACUGAUACGUGGAAACCAUACUUACAAAUCGUUAAGUAGAAUAGAUUUCCCAGUGCUGGUAAGAGUUCUUUAAAACUAUUAUUCCUUAUCUGAAUAUGGGGAAAAAAUGAACCUAUGCUUUAACAGAUUUUUGUUGAUACAAGUUUAUUUGUUCAGAAAAAAUGUAGUUAAUGUGAAUUCCGAUUGAGGAGGAGGAAACAUGGGGAGCAAACCUGUGUUUCUUUGGUUCAUACAAUUUUUUUCAUUGAAAGCAUUCAGGAAACUUGUAGGUGGGCCACUCUAUUUAGAAAAGACCCUCCAACUAGGGUGGAAGAUCUUUUUGUCUUUGCUGGAUAGAUUACCAUUCCACUUUAAGCAAGUUACAGUUCAUUCUAUACAAUUUCAGAUGUACAGUCUACCAGCUGCUCAUAUCCAUCAAUUUUUUUUCUUUGAAUGUUGGCUAUAGAUGGGCAGAGUAGGGAAGAGAAAUUGAAAACAAUUUAAAAUUCUGGUUUCCAUUUGGUAUUGUGGAAAUUUUCUUUAAAGUUGUUUCAAGGAAAAACUUUAAUAGACAAUAUAGAACUAAAUUCUGUAGCUUUUGGGGCGAGGGAUGUCCUUUUAUCAAUGUGAAGCAAAGGAUUCCUGUAAUGCUCUGGUCAGUCUCGGAUCCCAUGAGUCACGCUUAAGUGUUUCUCUUCUCUCCCUCCAUCUGUCCUCAGAAAGGCUAUGUAGUCAUACCUCUCAGGCUCUCCAGCUGCAGCGUUGGAUAGCAGACUUCCAUCAGUAGUGAACAUUACCCCAAUACCACUUCCAUUUCUUCCUCCUUCCUUCCUAUAGCAUGGGAGGCUCUGCUCGUUCUGCUCCUGCAUCAUCAUGUCUGCGUCUAUCUGUUGGCCAUCGUUCUGCUCCCUAAGCCUAAAAAGUGCUGAGUAGGGAACAGUAUUAAAUGGAUGAAGCCAGGAGGAAAUGAGGUUUGGAAGAAGUGUAGCAGGGCUAUAGUUUUGUAACAAAAGCAGGAUGUCCCUCUAAGUGCAAGAUACUUGAGAUUGUGUGGUGGCAUUUUAAUGUGUUUUUAUCAAAGCAGCCAUAUCCUUUUUUAAACAUAAUUAAAGUACCCAGGCUUUGGUUUUCAAACCUUAAUGCAGAGGUUGCUGCCAUGUUUGUUGGUGGAAAUAUUAAAAACUGGACCUGCCAUUUUUCUUUCUUUCUUUUUUUUUUCUUUCUUAAACCCUUUGUGCUUUCUGUAUGUUGCUCACAGUUAUCUCAUAGCUGACAAACUUUGCAUCUUUUUUUUUUUUCCUUGUCACUGAACUACACAUGUUUUGUAACCAGCCUCUUGAAGGUAACAUAAGGCAGCUAAUUAGUUGGAUUUCUGGUGCACAUGCUACCAGAUUUUUAAUCCUGUUUGGAUUUUAAAGAGCUUUUAGAUGUGAUACACUAAUACAACCAGGAAGGAUGCUUGGCUGAAUAGCAUAGGGAGCCUGAAGAUACUGAGCGCAGUAUGGAGCCUAAAACAUGGAAUGGAAUAUUAAUAGCAGCCAAGUGGUUGUCUUGUGUGAUUCAUAGCCGUGGAUUUUAUAGAGGCUGGUAAAUUACUUUACCUUGGCUUAUACAAAUUUUUAAGUUCUCUAACAUUCUUUACUAUAAUGAAACUACUGUUGCCGUUACAAUAAAGAUGAUCGGUGUUUCCAUUGUAAAUCUUUUUUUUUUUUUUUUUUUUUAAGUGUUUUAAUUUUGCAGAACAGCUUAAGGCUGGAGUGAAGUAAAAGUCUUGAAAAAGAAGUGAAUGUAAUCCCUUCUCCUAUCCUCCACCUCUUCCCAACUUCCAAAUGUCUGGGAGAGCAGAGUCUCUUGCAUUCCCUGCAGUCUUAGUCCAGUGCUUCUUGGGUAAUAUGGGAAAAUAAAUGGCCAAACUUUAAAUGACGUUUGGACUAAUUUUUGGUGGGUAGCAUACACUUUCAUGAGUGUCUGGUCCACAUAAUUAUUCCCCUUCAGUCCAGACUAUGUUUUGAGCUAUUCUCGUCUAUUGGCUUCUUAGUUUAUGUUUGCUAUUAAAAUGUACAAGGAUCACUUAAACAUAGAAUACCUCUAGCUGAUCUGGUCAAACAGCUGUUUCUUUACUUGCUGGACCAGAUUUUUUCUGAAGAGUGUAUUUUGUAAGUUCCACUUAAUAUAUAUAUUAUAUUUUUUUUUCUAACAAAGUUAACUAAUGUUCAGGCUGUGGAAAAAUACCUUUCCAUUGUUCUCAGUUCAAGUUUUGGACUGUGGAUUACUCUAUGCCUGGCAGUUUUGACCCUAUAUCUUGUAAAAUUAUUCUGCUUUCUCAUAUGUUCUUCUCUAACGGCAGUUACAGGAUGCAUGAUGCUUAUCUUUGAGCUUUUGUCACAACCCAAACACUAUGUAAAUCCUGUACUACUUCUGGAAUUUUGUAACUUUUUCUAUAUUGUAUUGUUUUGCUGAUCUUUGCAAACGCUAAGCCCAAAUGGUCUCUUUCUGAAUUACUCUGUUAGAAAUACAGCAGUUUAAAUUUUUGCAGAUUGAAGAAAAUGGUGAAGGCUAACUCUUUUUUUUUUUUUUUUUUUUUUUUUUUUUUUUUUUUUAAGUACAAACAACAUUUUUCAGUAGCGGCAGAGCUAACGUUUUUAAAUGUCCUUUUUAAUUCUUUUGUAUUAAGCAUUCUGAUUUCUUGAAGGAAAGAUGUAAAAAUGCCUUUCUUUAGGAGAAUGAAUAGUUCUUCGUGGAGCAGGAAGUGUCAUUCACAGAAGGCGGCUUUGAAAAGAUUCUCUUCUGUUACACAGCUGUAGUUUUGGAGCCUUUGCAGAGAGGUAAAUGGAUUUAUUCCAGAGUUCAGUUAAUCUAGUGCCCUGCCCUGGUCUCACUCUUCAAAUGGUAUUUUAUCGCUAACUUCCAUUAAAUGUCCUUUUGUACAUUCUGUUUCUGAAUCCACACUACAGCAUUGUUUAAUAUUUGUAUGCAAUUCGUACUGCCUUUAACUGACCACAAGGCUUGAUCAGCAAACAAAAUUUCAGUUGGGAUUUCAUAUUAAAGAUUACUUGCUUUAGUUUCUGUUUGAUCAGCAUGAAAAUGCCAAAUGUGUUAAGCUACAUGGGUUUUGCAAUGCAUUGUGGGUGGAGCAAGAUUGAGAAACAGGGCAGUCAGAAGCUUUUAAUUUUGUUGUUAAAUAACUUUCUUAAAGCAGAAGAGCGUGUGGGAGGAGGAGAAGCGCACCUAGCGUGCCCCCUGCUAGGGAAUGCCUGGAAUGCUCGGUAAGGGCUCUGUGCCUGCUCGGCUCCCGUGCUGCCACGUGGCCCUGUCCGCAGGUGAUGUGCUCCCAGGGCGGUGGCAGAAGAGGCAUUUGAUUUUUGUCCCUGCCCCCCCCCCCCACCUUAGCCCCCUGCUCCCACCCCGCUGGUGAUGGUCACAAAAAAGUACAAUAGAUGCUGAGGCACCCAGGUUAAGGAGGGAGGGAAGUAAACUAACAUGCUGGAAGCUUUUGAGCUGUAGAAACUGGUGCUUUGCUUUAUGUAAUUUGUUUGUGAAGUGUUUAUUUUUAUAACAGAUCAUAUUGUUGAACACAUGGUUUUUAAAAACCACAAACUGAUCCAUGAGUUUCGGUAUUUGAGAAGUGGAUGUUCAUCUGCUGGGGGAGGCAGGAUACGAAAAUGUAAGCAGAUGGAUGUUUAAAGGGACACUGUCACAGAAUAGCUGCUGGGAUAUAGGGUAUGUUUGGGGGGGGUGUCCCAUCUAUAUGAAAUACAUAUUCUUUAUGUAUAUGAUCAAACAGAAGAUUUUCCUUGAGCUUUGAAUACUUUCUUAUAAUACUGGGAAGUUUAAAUACAAGUUCUGUGCAUGAAACUGGGAAGCAAAGCUAUUUUGUUCAUACUGUCCACAGUGACCUUUUUUUUUAAUGUACUAUGAAGAAUAUAAGAGUUUCGAAAGAUGACAGUGUCCUCUCAAGAGCUCCUCCCCAAACUAAGCAUAUCCUUGUUUUAGACUUCCCACUUCAGUAGAUGACUGGCAUUUGAAUGUCUUUUUCAUUAAACUCUUUAUAUUAAAAUGAAAACAUAAAUAUUUCUAAGUCUAGUCAAGUUCUCACUAUGUGCUGACUAUGUAUCAACCACUAUUAGAAACAACUCUGUAAACUGCCUGCCCCCCUUCCACUGCAGUGAAUUGAAUGGUUCGAUCAGUCGGAGCAUGCUCAGUGUGACUGCAAACACCAUUGUGCAUAUGCUUUGUAUAUUGGGGCAAGGGUUUUUUAUAUAUAUAUUUUGGGAGGGGUAGUGGGUGGGAUGGAGAAAUACUCAAUCAGCUUAAGCCAGAAUAAUGUGUGUAAAAGCCCCUGAAGUAUUUUGUGUGUGAGUGCGCGAGUGUGAGUGCGCGCAUGGGAGUGUCUGACAUCUUAUUCCCUUUGUGUUCUGAAAAUUUGUGAGUUUUACUUUUUUCUGCAGAAGCAAUUGUUACAAAAAGUUGUAAAUAAGAGCUACAUAAUUUUGUUUAACCAUGAACAUCAUGUCACAGCAAACCCUGAACAAUUAAUUUUAGAGGAGGAAGAGACUCCAGGUAGGGCCUUGGGCCCUUAGCUAUCAGCAAGGCACCAUUAGAUGGUAUGCAGUGAAUAUUUGUCUUGAGUAUUUGCAAUCUCCAGUUAAGGUUUUUCAAAAAUCAGGCCCUUUGCAGUUCCCCUCCCCACCCCCUUUUUUUGUUGGAUUGUUUUGUUUUGUUUUAAUCUGAAGAGUGGUCAGAAAAAGGGGCAGCUGCAAACAGUGUUCCAUUUCUGCUGGCCCAUGAUCAGGGUGUGCAUGUAGACGUGGCUGUCAUCGCUGGGCCUGAUAGGGUUGACAACUCUUGCAAUGCCUUGACAAUACUGAGACCUACAGCAUGGUACUGGGAGUUAAGUUUGAAUGUAACAUUAAUGCUUUAUUUAAAAUAAAAACAACACUUUUUUUUUUUUAAAGGGGUUGAAGUGAACAUGACUUUGUUGACCAUGUUCGUGAAUUUAUAGAUGCAACAUUCAUUGGUAGAAUUGUGUGAUGGUCUUUUGUGCUACUUAAUUUUACAUAUUCCAGUCUCUGUAUGUACCUGCAAAGAAAGAAAAAAAAAAAAUAACAAAACCCUGCUUUGCUUUUAUUGAAGGGUUCCCAGGACUGCAUACCUGCUCCUGAGCUCUGUUUUAAGUAUGUGUAUCCUUCGCUUGUAUUUUGUAUUAAAAAAAAACACAAGGAAAAAGAACCCUUUAUUGUUCAGCAUGUUGGAAUUGUGUCCCCUCUUUUAUUUUUCUCCUUUUUGGAAUAUAUUAAGCAACUCAUUCUUCUGUAUCUUUUAUUUUCUUUUGUAAACUUUUUGGUUUUGUUUAAAAAUGGCUUUAUAAAAGGGCUUUUAUAACCCAUAAA